GCAGCGAAGUUAGCAAUGCCCAAUGCCCAAGGCUAGCAAUCCCCGAGGUGCCACAACCACCCCCAAAGUCGGUAACAACGAGGCUGAUGUCGUUCCCUUCCAGCGGCUCGAACAAGUCCCUGCACUGAAGUACCCUCCCCUGGAUAUUUCAGGAAUCUCCACCCGCGGAAGUGUCGAUCUAGUCUUCCCCCCUUGUCCUGGCUGUCUUGCUCACUAACCUUUCGCACCCUUCCUCCACCAUUAGAGGCAGCAUCAGUCGCUCAUCUUAGGUGCACGUGCUACUAGCCCACAUUCGUCUUGCAUCUCCUAGCUCCCGCAACCAUGGUGGUCGCAGAAGCAGACCCCUUCUUCCUGCUAAGUGCCGCCAUGUGCCAAUGCACGGUCGACGUCGCUCCCGACGCACCGGGCGCAUCAAGCCCAUCCGACGGCACUCCGUCUUACAGCCCUAACGGGCAGCCGGUAACGUCUCUCGCCUUCCGCGGCGUCUCCUACUCGGUCCAGAAUAAGAAGCUCCUCCAGCCGAGGUCCAAACGCGUUCCGAAGCAGCUUCUAUGCGACGUCUCCGCGUUCGCGAAGGCUGGCGAAGUUACCGCAAUAAUGGGAGCCAGCGGCUCGGGAAAGACUACUCUCCUCGAUAUCCUCUCGGACCGCAUCUCAUCCCGCAACCUAACGGGCGAGAUCUCUUUGAAUGGCGCUCCGGUAAAAGGCGAUACGAUCCGACGGCUGUCGGCAUACGUCAUGCAGGACGACUUGAUGUUCCCCGCGCUGACGGUGCGCGAGACGCUCAUGUACGCCGCAGAGUUGCGCCUUCCGCCGACCGUGAGCGCAGCGGAGAAGGCGGAGAAAGUCCGCCGCCUCAUCCGCCUGCUGGGCCUCACUAAAGUGGCGGGCUCCAAGAUCGGCGACGAGAACAGCCGUGGAAUUUCCGGCGGCGAGAGAAAGCGCGUCGCGAUUGGCGUCGAAAUGAUCGGCGAUCCGGAGAUUCUGUUUCUAGAUGAACCCACGUCGGGCCUGGACUCCACCAGCGCUUUUCGAGUCGUGAAAGUGAUUAAGAGAAUCGCGGUGCGGACCGGGAGCAUUGUGGUUAUGGUUCUGCACCAACCGAGUUUCCGGCUUUUGGGUCUCCUCGAUCGGCUGCUGCUGCUCGGCGCGGGACGGAUGUUGUUCUUCGGGCAGCCCGCGCAGCUGCCCGACUUCCUGUCGGCGUUCGGCUGCCCGCCGCCGCCGUUCGCGAACCCGACGGAAUUCGCUCUGGAUGUGAUCCAACGGCUGGGGCACGAGGCGGAGGGAGGCGCGAAGUGCGGAGAAGAUGUGGACGACGAUGAUGAGGAGGAGGAUCUUAACGAGGAGGCGUAUAACGAGGAUGGUACCGAAAAUAUUAAGUGCCACGUGGUGACGACGGAAGCUCCUGCUGACACGGCAGAUGAGUGUGGAGGGACCAGGCAGGCGUCCGGUGGCUGUAGCAAUGGGGAGACGGAGACGGUGACGAAGACGGGAAAGUUGACGGACGUGGCAGGCGGAAUCCAGCGGCUCGCUGAGUUCUAUGUCAUCUGGUCGCAAGGAGGGUCUCGUGAUAGUAGCGAGGGUGGCGGAGGCGGUGGCGGCGGGUCGUUUCGUGACAGUAGCGAGGGUGGGGAGAGCUUCUCCAUCCCCCCCAGUAGCCCGUCCACGUGCUUCAGCCCGGAUCAGGCCGCAGUGGCGGCAGCGACUGCGGCGGCUGUAGCCGCGAGAAUGGCGGCUGCAGCAGCUUCGGCGGCUGCGGCGGCGGCGACUGCAGGGGCGCAAAGGGGAGCAGCGCCGCCAGGCUCUACGGAUGGGGGUGAAAGGGUCGCUAUCCCCGCAGGUGCUUCAUCAGGUGGCGCAUCAGGUGGCCUGUCAGGUGCUUCGCCAGGCAUUCUCAUGAGGGAAUCAAGCAGCAUCAGCAGCGGUGGCGGCGGCAGCGGCAGCGCGCAGAAAGGUUUCCUCGGGGAGGGCAAUCGCGCGGGCGCGCAGACGGAGCACCGCGGCGGCGAGCGCAAGUAUGCGAACGGGUGGUGGCGCGAGCUGCGUGUGCUGCUGAGCCGGUCCGUGCGCGUGAUUGCGCGCACCCCCUCGCUGUACCUGCUGCGCCUGCUGCUCAUCAUGGUCACGGGGUUCCUCAUCGCCUCGCUCUUCUGGCGCCCGCCCUUCAACGCGGAGGGCCUGCACGAGCGGCUGGCGUUCAUCUCGUUUCUCGUGUGCACGCUCUUCUUCUCCUCCGCUGACGCCACGCCGCUCUUCAUCCAGGAGCGCAACAUUUUCAUCAGAGAAACGUCUCAGCAUGCGUACCGCCCGUCCACUUACAUGGUUGCCUCUACCCUGGUGUACCUGCCGCUGCACGUGCUCAUGGCUGCUGCCAUCACAGCCGAGUCCUGGUGGUGUGUCAACCUGUCGGGCGGCGCUGCUUCCUUCUCCUUUGUGGUCCUCGUGUGCUUCUGCUGCCUCUUCACGGGGAAUGCUUAUGCCACAUUCAUCAGUGCUGCUGUGAACAAUGUCAUCUUAGCCUACGCCAUAGUCAUUUCCACCAUGGCCAACUUCGCGCUGGUCUGCGGCUUCUACAUCCAGCGCCAGAGCAUCCCACCCUUUUGGAUCUGGCUGCACUACAUCUCGCCCAUCAAGUACGCCUACGAGGCCGUCACCCUCAACGAAUUCGCCUCAGCCGGCCCCUCCACCUGCUACCAGCCCGCCGGGGACAUUUUCUCUGCUACCCCUCUCUCGGUGCUCGUGUCUCGGGCCCAAGUGAACCAAUCGUUGGCUGUGCUUCGCCCGGCACUUGCCCAGUCGCCGUUUGCGGAUAUUUCAGUGGAUACGUGCUUGCAGACGGGGCCGCAGCUGCUGGUGUAUUCGCUUGGGCUGACGCAGCUGAGCAAGUGGGAGUGUGUGGCGGUACUGCUGGGGAUGGGGUGCGUGCUGCGGCUGCUGCACUGGCUGCUGCUGGUCAGGCUCUCUCGCACCAAGCGAGGGUAAGUGUGGAGAAGACUGAAUCACAGACUGGCAGGCACAUUGCGGAGAGGUAUAUCAGCGCCUGACUUGGCUUGGACGAGGCCUGGUAAACUGUAAAUGAGGUGAGGUCGGGGUGGUGUCAUAUGCUAGGGAAUGUUGAGUUGGAGGCGACAUUAUGGGCUUUUGGCUUAUUAGGAUGUAGAUGUAGAGUAGAGUUGCUCCUUUCCGGGAUUCUGACUGCCACCAGGUGGCCUCCCUAAAAGCUUCUUGCUUGGCCAACGAGUGAGGUGCUUUUUGUGAUGCCUCAAUGGUGUGUCUGUUGUAUGAGGGGUAAGCUUUCAAAUGCGACCAACUUCUGUAGGCAUUUCAAGUUUAUAUGGAAGUGGC